GCCAAACCCACAAGUCUCGCUGGAGCGUCGCAUGGCGAGAUUCCGGCCAUGACGCGCGGGGCGUCUCCGGAGCGGGGGACCGCUUCUCCUGGCAGUCCGGGAUCGACUGGCAGACUGCCGCCGGUCAGUCCGAAUGCAAGCCUUACUCGCUCCGCCAGUGAUCCCUUCGCGUCGAGCCAAAGGCUGCCGGCGGCUCUCAAGGGAUCCUUCCUUCCUAGACAGAUGGGCCACUCCAGCAUCGCGUCCCGUCGCAACUUAGCGAAGCAGCGGCAGGCGUUGAUGAACGAGAAGCGCUCAUUCGAAGAUACAGGCUUCUUCGGAGCACAGGGCAUCGCGGGCUUCACGGCGCACUUGAAAUCGCGAUUUGGCUCCGUGCUGGCUGGAUGGCGACAACUAGAUGCGGACAAGAAGGGACGCUUGUCAUUUCACCCGUUUUGCAAGGCAGCGCGGAAAUCCGGAUACCAUGGGAACAUGAAGAGGCUGUGGGAGGAGCUAGAUCCUUCGCACCGCGGGUAUGUCACCUUGGAGGACGUUGACCCACAUGUCUUUCAUGCAGUGAGCUCCUUCAAGACGGAGCUCAUGAAGAAGUAUGGAGACAUGCUGGUUGCCUGGCAGGAAGGCCUCGACCUGAAUGAGACAGGCAGAGUGGGGGAGGUAGAAGUGACAGAGUGCCUGAAGGAUCUCGGCCUGGCACUGGACGCCAAGCAGCUGCUGGGCAUGUUCUUGAGCGUGCCUGGAACGACACACAUGCUCCUGAAAGACUUCGAUCCAAAGGCACACGUCAGGUGGAAGACGGAGUCCUUUGUCUCCCAAGGAGACGCAGAGCCUGCAGACGCUGCAAAGGGCCGCACCGACAGAACGAGAUUAGGGGUCAGCACGAAGGACGCCCUGAUCGCAGCUCUGAUUAGCCGCUUUGGAUCGCUGUAUCGAGCAUGGCGGGAGGGCUUGGAUCCAACCGGAAGGGGAAGGCUGAGCUGGGGUGAGUUUACUUACAUCUAUCGCCGGCUGGGACUUCAUGGUGACUUGCAGGCUUUGUGGAAUGAACUUGAUACUGAGCAGAUUGGCGUCUUUCGAUUCUCCGACCUGGACGAGGAGACCGACUCACUCUGGUCGGAGAUGUACUGGUGUUUUCAGCAGGAGUACGGCAACAUGCUUCGAGCAUGGAUGAAAGGUGUGGAUGUAGACGGUGAAGGACAUGUAAACAAGGAACAAUUUGUACAAGCCUGCAGAAAGGUUGGGUACAUGAAAGAUGCCGGCGUGCUCUUCGAAAUCAUGAGGCCAACAGGAGAACGGCACUUCCUGAGCCUCCAGGACUUUGACAUGAAGGCCUACCAGGCCUUCAUGAGGAACGACUUUCGAAUGCUUAGCGAGCCAGAGAAGAAAGGAGGACCUGGCUCGCUGCUGGAUAUGUCUCUGCAAGAGCGGACGGACAAGGGCUUUUUCUUCCAGAUCCGAAGAGGCUGGCAAGCCUCGAAGUCCCCGGAGUUCGCGAAGAGCUGCAAAGUCUACGUGCCGCCCAAGCAGGAGCCGGAGCGGGUGGAAGGCUUCGCAAACCUUUGCUGCAGAAAGUACGGGUCGCUGGUCGCUGCCUGGCGCUUUGGCAUUGACCCCAAGGGCCGAGGGCAGCUGAACUUCAACGAGUUCUGCACGGCGGUGAGACGUCUUGGAUACAGAGGAAGCUUGCGAAACCUGUGGGAGAGCAUAUGCCCGGAUGGCAGCUAUGUCGUCAGGCUGAAGGAUCUGGAUUUCGACAGCGGCGAGGCGGUGACGCUGUUCUUCGAAACCAUCCACGAGAAGUUUGAGGACUUGGCCACGGUAUGGUCGCAGAUCUUCAAGAAGGAAGCAUACGCAAGCAUCUCUCUUGACGACUUGAUGGAAGGAUGCAAGGCGCUGGACCUGCCUGAAGACUUUGUUGAAAAGCUGUUCCUCGGCCUUCAUCCCACACCAGGGCAGAAAGAGGCACUCUUCCUUUGGGACUUGGAGGACAUGUUCGUCGUCACCCGCCGAUUGUGGGAGCGGAAGAAACCCAAGGAUUUGCGCAGGCCCGUGAAGCCCGUGGGCACGUCUCUGAUCGUGGCCAAAGAGGCCAAUGAGGCACGUCUGAGAUCGCAGAAGGAGGCCGAGGCGGCAGAGGCUGGCGAGGCUCUUGUGGUGAACCACUCCUUGUCGCCCCAAUUGGUCCGUGCAGCGCUCGAGAGGGACUUUGUCUCGACGGUGGCAUGCUGGAACACAGAGUUAGACUGGAGAGCCAGAGGCUGCGUGACCCGGGGAAACUUCCUGGUGUUGAUGUACCGCUGCGGCGUCAGUGGCAACUUGCAGAAGCUUUGGACCGAUCUCACAGGAGAUCGAGGACUGCUGCGCUUUGAUGACCUUGACCCGGCUGCGCACAAGUUUCUCGGGGAUCGCCGGCAGCAACUUUUGGCGACCUAUGGCAACCUGAGCAAAGCAUGGCAUGAAGGUUUUGACCCCGACAACUUGGGUAUUGUGGACGAGCAGGACUUUGCAACAGCUUGCUCUCGAGCACUCCCAUCACUUACAUCCAAAGAGGCCAGCAUGCUGUUCCAUUAUGUGAUGGCCAGACAUGGCCAGCGCUCCGCCAGGAAAGAGAACUGGAAAGCCUUGCUGACUGGGCUGGCACCGUCUGAGCGCAGCACAGCAUGGGGAGAGGGCCUGGAAGGAGCAGCGGAUGACAGCGCCAUGUCUCCAGAACAGGAGCAAGUUCGCGCAAUCGACACGCUGGAGGGCUUCAAAGCUAUGCUGGUGGCGAAGUACGGGAGCCUUUUUGCUGCCUGGAAGCAUGCGCUUGAUCGGGAGCACAACAGCUAUGUGAUGAAGCAGGAUUUCUCCUUGACGUGUCGUCGCCUUGGUGUGAAGGAGGUUGCAUCGCUGUGGCGGCAGUUCGUGCACGGCACCAACAAGGACCUCAUAACGCUCGAGGUGUUGCAUCCAGAGACAGCCGAAUGCUGGGCAGAGCUUCACCGUUUGCUGCUUGAGGCAGCCCUGCGGCAACCAAAGGCAUCGCAUUCACAAGCAUGUCAGGCUCAGGGAAGCCAAGACAAAAGCUUGGAGACUUGUGACAGCCUGGCCACAUGUUUGCCGGAGACACAGAGGCCCGAGGGCAUGGAGCCAGACGAAAGCAUCGCCACGAACUUGGGAACACUGGAGAGGCCAAGAUUGCCGAGUCUCAAGGAUGGGUGGCGGCGGGCUUUCGACCCUCGCAAUAUCAGGCGAGUUGAUCGGCAGCGCUUUUACGAGGGCUGCAAAAAGCUGGGAUAUUCAAAGGAUCCGGGCAGACUCUUUGAUUUGCUGCGCCCAGAGCCCUUCCGAGAGUACCUGGUCUAUGAGGAUCUCGUGACAGACUUGAACCCCAACAAGUUUGAAGUGAAGCCCAACAUCAAGGACACUUACUUGCCGAUGAGGUAUGUGGCCAAGGAUGAUGAGGCACUACGCUGAAGGCGUAUGUGCACCUUCGCCUUGGCUACCCAUCGAUUCGCUUUCACUGAGCAACGAAGUUGCUUGAGUUCAGUUGCAUGACGCGCAGCUGGCAAUGUUAAUGAAUGGGCAAAACCGGCUUUGGCAUGUGGCGACAUCCAGAUGCAUGCGCUCACACUGCUUUUCCUCCAUAGACCUCGCACCGU